CUCUUGGACCGAUCUGCCGCGCCGCCCGAUCUGCAGCAGCGCGAGCGCCUCCUCGCCCGCGCCGCCGGCGAGAGGGCCCCUGGGGCACGGCGUGGAGCGGCCUCCUCCUCCUCCUCCUCCCCUUCCCCCAACCCUCCUCCUCACCCUGGUGGGGACCGGGGGGCCUCCUCAGCGCGCGCGCGCGGGGCCGCCAGCGAGAGGGGCGAGGCGGCCGGCCUCCUUCCACCGGCGCCCAUCGCGGUCCGGAUCGGAUUGAAGGUUAGGGACGAUUAUCUUGACGUGAGGACCCAUGUCCAAUUAUCACGAAGACCACAUCGAAGAGAUGGAUGAUGAUUACGACAUGGACGACACUGCUGAUGACAUGGCUGAAGAGCAUUAUGACCGAGGGAUGAGGGAUUCAGAUUCAGAGGAUGAAGAGCAUGGCCAGUCGAAUUAUAAGAUUCCAGAUACAUCAUCAGCGGAUGCAAGAAAAGGAAAAGAUAUUCAAGGAAUACCAUGGGAAAAGCUAGCGAUCACACGCGAUAAAUAUAGACAGACCAGAUUAGAUCAGUACAAGAACUAUGAGAACAUGCCUAAUUCUGGAGAAGCAGCAGCAAAGGAAUGCAAACCAACUGAGAAAGGCGGGAUGUAUUAUGAAUUCAGGCAAAAUACUAGAUCAGUAAAAUCGACUAUACUACAUUUUCAGUUGAGAAAUUUAGUAUGGGCUACAUCCAAGCAUGAUGUGUACCUAAUGUCACAUUUCUCCAUUCUUCAUUGGUCGGCACUUAAAAGUCUUGAUACUGAGCUUAUGAAUGUCCAAGGACAUGUGGCACCCAGGGAGAAGCACCCUGGAAGCUUACUUGAGGGUUUUUCUGGGACCCAAGUAAGUACCUUGUCAGUCAAGGAUAAUUUGCUGGUAGCUGGUGGAUUUCAAGGAGAGCUAAUCUGCAAGCACCUUGAUCGAGAAGGAGUUAGCUUUUGCUGUCGAACUACAUAUGAUGAGAAUGCUAUUACUAAUGCAGUUGAGAUAUUCAAUACUACCAGUGGUGCUGUUCACUUCAUGGCAUCGAAUAAUGACUCUGGUGUAAGAGACUAUGAUAUGGAGAGGUUUCAGCUCUACAAGCAUUUUCAGUUUGAGUGGCCAGUGAAUCAUACAGCUUUGAGUCCCGACAGAAAGCUUGUUGUUAUUGUGGGGGAUGAUCCUAAUGGUUUACUAAUUGAUGCCAAUUCAGGAAAGACACUUCAUACCUUGAAGGGCCAUUUUGAUUACUCGUUUGCAUCAGCUUGGAGCCCAGAUGGCAGAACAUUUGCUACUGGCAACCAAGACAAGACAUGCCGGAUUUGGGAUGCACGGAAUCUCUCAAAAUCCCUCCAUGUUUUGAGGGGUAACCUUGGAGCCAUUAGGUCGAUCCGCUUCACGUCGGAUGGGCAGUUCAUGUCGAUGGCAGAACCAGCGGACUUUGUCCACAUCUUCGAUGUUGGGAGUGAUUACAAUAGAAGGCAAGAGCUGGACUUCUUUGGUGAGAUAUCUGGCAUGUCUUUCAGCCCUGACACCGACAUGCUUUUCGUCGGUGUGUGGGAUAGAACGUACGGUAGCCUCCUCCAGUUCAGCCGUCUGUACGAGCACUCUUAUCUUGACUCGCUGUGUUGAGUGAGGUGAGAAACAUAAAGCAGACGUUGGGCGUGCUGUGCCUCAGCUGUGCACCCUGUGCCAAAUCUUGUCGUCAUACAUUAGGUAUCUCCAAAUCAGAAAUUGAAGUUUACCCGAUAAUUCAAUUAAUAAAUCUUGUACCCUUCUGUAUGUGUAUAUAAAGAAAUGUACAGAGAUGCUCAGAUGCCUAUAGCCUGUACCAGUGUAGUGCGCCAAAUCAUGUGUUAGAUUGCAGGGAGAAAUGUGAUGUGAACCUUUCAGGUCGAUGAUGCUGUAACUGAUGAGUGGUGAAUUGGACCGCAUCACCUCUCUUAUCUAUAUCAAUCAAGCCAAGUUUCUUGAUGUUUUCUGGGCGGAA